AUGCACACCGCGCUGACGAUCGCGCGACGAUGCGCGCGACGCGCGGUGACGUCCGGACGGCAUCUCGGCCGGCCGUACGCGGCGGUGCCGCAGGGCGCGAGCGGGGUGAACUCGAACGCGGAUGCGUACGCGGCGAUUCGCGCCGUGAACGCGAACGUGACGUGGCCGGAGAUGAUUAAUAAGCCGCUGGAGGAGAUCGAUCCGGAGAUGUGCGAGAUCAUCGAGCACGAAAAGGCUCGACAGUGGAAGGGCCUCGAGCUCAUUCCGAGCGAAAACUUUGUCUCUCGCUCGGUGAUGGACGCCGUGGGUUCCAUCAUGACCAACAAGUACUCCGAGGGUUACCCGGGGGCGAGAUACUACGGUGGUAAUGAAUUCAUCGAUAUGGCGGAAACGUUGUGCCAAGAGCGCGCGCUCAAGGCUUUCGGUUUGGACCCGGCGAAGUGGGGCGUGAACGUGCAGUCGUUGUCCGGUUCCCCGGCCAACUUCCAGGUGUACACGGCGCUCUUGCAGCCGCACGAUAAGAUCAUGGCGCUCGACUUGCCGCAUGGCGGUCACUUGUCCCACGGCUACCAAACGGACACGAAGAAGAUCAGCGCCACGUCCAUCUUCUUCACGUCGGUGCCGUACCGCCUCAACGAGGAAACCGGUUUCAUUGAUUACGAAAUGUGCGAAAAGACGGCGACGCUCGUCCGUCCGAAGUUAAUCGUCGCUGGUGCCUCUGCGUACGCGCAACUUUACGACUACAAGAAGAUGCGUGACAUCUGCGACAAGACGAACUCCAUCUUGCUCGCCGACAUGGCGCACAUCUCCGGCUUGGUCGCCGCGGGCGUCGUUCCGUCUCCGUUCGAGUACGCCGACGUCGUGACCACGACUACGCACAAGUCCCUCCGAGGUCCGCGCGGUGCCAUGAUCUUCUACCGCAAGGGUGAGAAGGGCAAGGACAAGAAGGGUAACGCGAUCAUGUACGACUACGAGGACAAGAUCAACUUUGCCGUCUUCCCGGGUCUCCAAGGCGGUCCACACAACCACACCAUCACCGGUCUCGCGGUUGCCCUCAAGCAAGCGGCGAGCCCGGAGUUCAAGGCUUACCAACUGCAGGUGUUGAGCAACAUGCAAGCCUGCGCGAAGCGCCUCCAAGAGCACGGCGUCAAGCUCGUCUCUGGCGGCACCGUCAACCACUUGGCUUUGCUUGACUUGCGCCCAAUGGGUGUCGACGGCUCCCGUGUUGAACGUGUUUUAGAGCUCGCGCACAUCGCGUGCAACAAGAACACGGUUCCGGGUGACGUCUCUGCCAUGGUUCCGGGCGGCUUGCGCAUUGGUACCCCAGCGUUGACUUCCCGAGGCUUCUUGGAGAAGGAUUUCGAAACCGUCGCCGACUUGAUCGUCCGAGGCAUCCACAUCACCAAAACUAUCAACGACUCCGCCAAGGGCACCAAGCUCAAGGAUUUCCGCGAGGCUUUGGCCUCCAAGGAGUGGCCGGAGCUCACGCAACUUACCAAGGACGUCGAGAACCUCGCCACGCGCUUCCCGACCAUUGGUUUCGAGAAGGCGGAGGGCAAGUACACGCAAGGCUUGUAA